UGCAAGCAAUGAGUAAAUGCUCAUUGUUGUCUGGUUUUGACUCUUUUGGGGAAUACAGCUAUUUUACCACCACUUCAUCUUUGGUCAGCUUAAAGACUCCUUCUCUUCUCUCUCUUAAACAAAUUGUGUAUAUAUAUACACAAGGACCCCCACAACUUUGCUAUACUCUUGAACAAAAUUUCCUACAAAGAGAGCAAAGCAAUACAUAAAAACUAAAGAUACAUCCAUUGAUCUUCAAGUCAUAUAAAGAAAAAGAUCCUUUUGUUCCUAGAUAUCGAUCGUGUAGCUAGAAUGGGAAGACCACCUUGCUGUGAUAAAAUUGGGGUGAAAAAAGGACCAUGGACACCAGAAGAAGAUAUCAUCUUGGUUUCAUACAUUCAACAACAUGGUCCUGGUAACUGGAGAGCUGUUCCCAGUAAUACUGGUUUGCUUAGAUGCAGCAAAAGCUGUAGGCUCAGAUGGACUAAUUAUCUCCGGCCCGGAAUUAAACGUGGAAACUUCACUGAACAUGAAGAAAAAAUGAUUAUCCAUCUCCAAGCUCUUCUAGGCAACAGAUGGGCUGCGAUUGCUUCGUAUCUCCCACAAAGGACGGAUAACGAUAUAAAAAACUACUGGAAUACUCAUCUGAGGAAAAAGCUGAAGAAACUUCAAGGGAAUGAUGAGAAUAGUACUCAAGAAGGAACAACCUCAUCAUCAUCUCAAUCAAAUUUCUCAAAGGGACAGUGGGAGAGGAGGCUUCAAACAGAUAUUCACAUGGCUAGAAAAGCCCUUUGCGAGGCUUUAUCACUUGACAAAUCUGAUUCAUCUGCUAAUCCAAUUAGCCCAAUUCCUGCUCAACAACCCGUUACAGGAUCCAGCUCUUAUGCAUCCAGUGCGGAAAACAUUUCCAGGUUACUUCAAAAUUGGAUGAAGGAUUCCCCCAAAUCAUCUGAAUUAAGUCGAUCAACUUCUGAGACAACUCAAAGCUCGUUGAAUAACCCGUCAAUUGGGUCGGGGUCAGGGUCAGGGUCGAGUCCUAGUGAAGGUACCAUAAGUGCUGCAACACCUGAGGGAUUUGACUCCUUUUUUAGCGAAGGUAAUGCUUUCACACCUGAGAUUUUUCAGGUGGAAAGCAAGCCAAAUUUUCCGAAUGUGAAUUCGGAAAAUGGUUUUUUGUUUCAAGCGGAGAGCAAGCCAAGUUUGGAAGAGUCACAAGUCCCGUUAACUUUGCUAGAGAAGUGGCUAUUUGAUGAUGCUAUUAAUGCACCAGCACAAGAAGAAGAGUUUAUGGGAAUGGGUUUGGGUGAAUCUGCUGACUUUUUUUGAAGAAAUAUUUACUAGUAAAUGACAGCUCUAGUAAAUAUUUCUUCAGAAAAAACAUAGAAGUUCAAAUUUGGGGUUUUCUUUAAUGUCUUUUUAAUGUUUGUUACUUGUUAAUUAGAGCUUUGUAAUUUAGUUUAACAGGUUUACUUACUUAGUAGCUAGCCUGAGCAAAAAUUCUAAAAUUUGCAAGAGUAAAGAAAAGUGUAUAUAUUACAAGUAAUCUUAAAUAUAUGCACAUGUAGUGAAUAGUUUAUAGUAGUACUAGUAAUAAUAUUUACCAGACUCUUUAGAUUCUAUAAGAGCUUCAACUGUUUGUACUAUGUGCUCAAAUAUUUUAUUGAGUAAAUGAUAAUUAGAUGGAGUUUGA